AUGAUGGAGAGGAUAAGAAAAGAGAUGAUACUGAUGGAGAGAGGUCUACACAGCCCCGUCGCGGGGAAGAGACUGUCAGACGCGCCGGGGAAUUCAGUUCUGGAGGCCCUGGAAAACUCUCAGCAUGGCGGACGGCUGAGCCCGAGAAUUACUUCGGCUUCUAUCCAUGGAAAUCUAGGGGACAUCCCGACGAAGAGCAAAUUUGAAAUUGACAGCCUCUUCGGUUCUCACCACAACAGUGAAAAUACCUCCUCGGCGGAAAUUUCUUCGUCGGAAAGCAGGAAGAAAAUGAGUCUUUAUUCUGAAGUUUCGCAAGAAUCAGACAUUAACAGCGAUGUGGAGGUGGGAUGCCCUGCGCAUCGCUCCCCGAGCCAGCACAAGGAAAACAACAAAAGUUUUUCAGACAGUAAUUCUGGAUCCUCGAACUCCUCGAACUCCCUGGCGAAUAUGAACGGAAAUUCAGCGGGAUCGAACAAUUCAAACAGCGACCAAGUCAGAAGGUAUCGGACCGCUUUCACCCGAGAACAAAUAGGAAGACUGGAAAAGGAGUUUUACAGGGAAAAUUACGUUUCGAGACCGAGGAGAUGCGAAUUGGCCGCCGCGCUAAAUCUGCCCGAAACGACGAUUAAGGUGUGGUUCCAGAACAGGCGGAUGAAGGAUAAACGGCAGCGCUUGGCGAUGUCGUGGCCCCACCCGGCCGACCCCAGCUUCUACACCUACAUGAUGACGCACGCCGCGGCCACGGGCAGCCUGCCGUACCCGUUCCACUCGCACAUGCCGCUGCACUACUACCCGCACGUCGCGGCGGCCGCGGCCGCCACCGGCGCCGCCGCCGCCUCGUCGCCCUUCGCCACGUCCAUCCGGCCGCUCGACACGUUCCGCGCGCUGUCGCACCCGUACUCGCGGCCGGAGCUGCUGUGCAGCUUCAGACACCCGGGACUCUACCAGUCGCCCGCCGGCCUGAACAGCUCGGUGGCCGCGGCGGCCGCGGCGGCGGCGGCGGCCGUGAGCGGGGCCCCGGCCCCCGGGGGCCUCUCGGGGGGCCCCCCGGGGCCCUGUUCGUGCCUCAGCUGCCACAGCAGCCAGGCGGCCAGCGCGCUGCAGGGCUCCCGGAGCUCCAGCGCGGACUUCACAUGCACAGCCGCCUCGCAGAGGUCCGAGAGUGGAUUUCUGCCGUACUCCGCCGCGGUGCUCAGCAAGACCUCCGUCCCUUCACCAGACCAGCGAGAGGAGGCUUCGCUUAACAGAUAA